UGAACAGUGAACAGGUAUUGGAGGUCUGCAACAUAUAUAUACCUGUCCAAAUACUGUACACCUGCACCAGUAUAGCAGUGUUCACCUAUUAGGACAGAAAUGGCCUCAACUGAAGGCAACACUCAAUUAUACAAGAUGACCUCCUUGGACAGCGACAUCAACCAACACUUCCAGGAUGCAAUUGAUGUGAUUCAACAGCAUUCAAAUAAUUCAUUUUGCAAUUCAGAGUACACACAGUAUUUUGAGACUGUGGGUACCGAGCAGCCAUCACUGCAGUGUCAUAUCUCCUGCUGCCUCGUCACACACCAGUCUGAUGUACCAGCUACCGUAUAUGACUGGAAUGACGUGGCGCAGCAGUCUUGGCCUCAGGUCAUCCCUGAUGUCUCCUCGAGUCACUCUCUGCAAAGUCAAUCGCCUCAUUUCUGCUCAGUCUUACCACCACAGAGGAACAGUAAAGGUCGUAAGAAGCUCAGACUUUAUGAGUACCUCCAUGAGGCUCUGAAUGACCCCAGCAUGGGCGACUCAAUCCAGUGGACAGACAGCGGCAGCGGCACCUUCCACUUCAUCUCCAAGAACAAGGAGAAGCUGGCUGAGUGCUGGGGCCAACGCAAGGGCAACCGCAAGACCAUGACCUAUCAGAAGAUGGCAAGAGCUCUGAGGAACUACAGCCGCACUGGUGAGAUCAUGAAAGUACGCCGCAAACUUACUUACCAGUUCAACCCAGACAUCUUGCACAGGCUCGGCUCAACACAGGCUCCCAUGCACCCGCCCUGCCACCCUGCACAGGAGGUCCACACCCAGCAGCCAAACCUGGCUGAACAGAACUACUGCGGAUCUGCAGCGGCAGACUGGCACAGCUGGUACGGACACUACCAGCAGCAGGAAGACUAUGACCUGGCCUCCAGCUUCACUUCACACAGCAUAACCAAACUCUGAGCAGUAGGGCGGUUUGAUCAGAGAGGGGGAAAAUCCUUUAAAAGUUUGAAAAGGUUCUCAAAGACUUCAAUUUUUCUACUCUCAAACUCUCUGGGUGCACAUUCAGUCCCUGCAUGUUAUCACAUGUUAUAGUGGGACUAUUAAUGUCACAAACAGUAACAUUCUUCAGUCAAAAGUGUUUAAAUACCCGUUAUUAUAGCUUAUUUUGUGUUCUAAAUAGGGGAAUAUUACUGUAAAUUAAUUUGUAAAUACUCAAAAUAUGAGUGAGAAAAAUUCUAUAAGUGAAUAAAGAAAUGUGUUCUUUUAGAAAAUCCUUACAUUUAAAUAAAAAACGCCUGAAUCUAACAAAAAAUUGACGGUAUUGAUAAAGAUUCUGAUCAAUUUAAUUAGACAUAUUUAGUGAACAACAUACUUAUAUUGGUCUUGCAGCUAAUGCCAGCACAUGUUUUAACAUAGAGUGUAGACUUGUUGACCUCUCCAGUCUGCACACCUGCAUUUAAUAAAGCACUAAUUAAGAGUCCAAUUAAGAUCUGAGAGCCAGUUAACAGAUAGUUAACAGGAGGUCUUCAGGGACAUGCAAAAUAUCUGGGUCUAUUACAUGUCAUAAUUUGACUAUUAUAUAUAUUGAAUUUAUACACUGCUGGUCAAAUGUGUUUAAAUUUUUUAUUUUUUUGUGUAGUAUCACUGUAAAUUAAUUGUAAAUACUUUUUAACUACAAAAUAUGAAUGAAUAAACUAUCUAAUUUGAUCAAGAAAAGUGGUUUCUUAGAAAACCCCGUAGAUUUGAAUGAUAAUGUCGUGGAUCUAACUAAGAAUUGACAAGAUUUUGACAUCUUUAAACAACAAAAUAUAGUUAUAUUUGACAUCCAGCUGAUGCUAGCACAGAUGCUAGGCCUACUUACAUAAAAAGAUUAAGGUUAUUAGAUUCAGUGUAUUUAAGUAUUGUGGCUUACACUAUAAAAUGGCAUCUAGGAACAUGGAAAAAACUGACUGAAAAAGGUUUUACAGAGUCAGCAUCAAUAAAAUAAAUCCGUUUUUCUGCUACAGUGUCAAUUUUAAACAAUUUGCAAUAAAUAAAAUAAAAAUCAGAAACAUUUCUUAGUUUAUGUGUACCUAACUCUACCUAUAUUUUCUAAUUUAGAGGAUUUAUAAUGAAAUUAUAACCACAUUACAUUUACCCCAAAAUGUUAAAAUAUAGGAUGUACAAAAACAUUUCAUUUGCUAUGUAGACACACUGUUUUGACUCUAUGGUGUUUAUAAGAGGUAAUAAAGGUUAUAUUUUACAACAAUAAUAACAAUUUAUAUGUAAAAGUUGUCUCCUGUUAUUACAACAAGCAACCAGCAAUAAGCAUAAAGUGUAAUGACAUGUACAUCUAUACAUCUUUCUUGAUAAAAGUAAGAACAAUUAUGUUUGUAUACUUUUAUUUAUUGUGUAUGAAUAAACGUGUGUUAACAAUA